AUGACGCAGGCGGAAUACUACCCAAAGCAAAACGUGGUGUCCUUGAACAUCCAACUGAGCAGCUGGGCCAAGGCGUUCCUUAACGAUUUACGAACGUCAAAGAAUCUCCUCAGUUACACCAAGGCGUCUAUCUCAAUUGAGAAAAAAAAAAAAAUUGGAAAUUCCAUUUUGUAUAAAAUUAAACUGAGACUACUCUAUGACAGUUCCUCCAACCGUCCUGACGUCUCAGUGGAGAGAGAAAAGUGGAACCAAAGGAGUUCCCCCCUGGAUGAUUCACCAGGCGGAAAUGAGGCCCGAUGUGACUUUCCCUUACCACAAGGGAAGGGCAGCUUCUGCAAUAGGUACACUAACCCAAAGGGAGGAAAUGAAAGCGGUGUGAUUUGCAAGGAGGAAAAGGAAACCAGGAAGAGUAGUGAAAAGGCAAACAAUUUUGAGGGAAAUUAUGGGGUGAAUGGGAGCAGUCCCCCUCCAGAGUAUGCGAAGCAGGAGGGUGAAGGCAGAAGGGGCACGACAUACACACCGCUAGGUGUGGGACACCAAAGGGGGAGAAGUAAUCACACGAAGGGAAGCACACAAGAGAGAGGAAAGCUUUCUACAAACAACCCUUUCGAUGUAGACCACCUGUUGAGAGGGAGAAACACCUUUUCGAAGGACUUCCCCCUCCUUGAGAGGGCCCAUUUGGCCAAGUACCUACUUCUGCCCUCCUCCUUGUCAGUACAAAGUGCGAAAAUAAAAUCCAUCCAUUUUGUGCUAAGUGAAAAGCUGAGCGUAUGUGUCCUCCUAGACCUAAUCGUGGUCAGAAAAAAAAAGAACCUCAUUCAGCCCAGCAUAAACAAAGAAUUGCAGGACAUGUUGAAGAUGCAGAGAAGCACCGUUCAGUGCAAAUUUUGCAGUGAAGGCGUCAUCACAUGCGGAGGUGUUAAUUUUAUUUUACCCAAUUUGUACCUAAACACGGCUGAUUUUUUGGAGCACGCGUUUUGCGAAGAAUGCACCACCUUCUCCUUUGAUGGGUUAAAAGAUGUGGACCGAACUAUUUUCCUCUUCCCCAACUGUUUGUUUUUUCACUUGAGCUUAGUAAAAGAGAGUCACCUGGCUGUUAAGGCGGAUUCAUUGCACCACUUUCGCUUUUUACUUUUUUGCAAUUUUUGCCACAACUCCCUUGGCUACAUGGAAAACCAAAGAAGCUAUACAUAUUCCUAUAUAGAAAAUAAAAACAUGAGUGAUAAGCUUAAGGAUGUUUUUCUGGGCUCACUUCACGAGGGGGACCAAGGGGGGUAUACCCACCUGGACGCGGCCACAACAUUGCUGCGCUGUGGUGAUCGUCCAUCUGUGCACUUUAAUGAAGGGGGAGCAAAUGUGGUUCCUCAUUUGGACGUCGCCCCGGGGGGGAAGCAGCAUGGGGGGGGAGAAGCCAAUGACGUACCCCCUUCCGAGGAAAUUAUCCAUGAGAGAAAGCAGACGGAGGUGAAGGCCACCCAGAACGACAACACCGCUCGUCUUAUGGCACACCACAGGGGAGGACUUCUCAACCCUUGCGGGGAGACCCCCCCCAAGGUGUACCUCCUCAAACACAAAAUAAAAAUGACAUUAAAUGGGGAAAAUAUUUUCAAAAAUUACGACCAUGUGCUUUUCCUAAACGAGUAUAUGCACAAUAAAUGUGAAAAAAAAAACACAACACUUUUUUAUUUAAGGAGUAACCAAAAAAGGAAAGUAAUCGAAGUGAGGAUAUUCAUAAGGACGCUUUACAUUUGUAAAAUUUGGGACGACGCAAAAGAUCUUUCCAAAUUUUUGGGACUCCAAAAAGUGAUGAAAAUAUUUUUUUGCACAAAAGGAGAAUCCGAAUUUAAGUUCGCCAAUUCGGAAACUAUUGACCUUUCCAGGGAGCUCUACGAGGAUGUAUUGAAAAUGUUGGUUGCCUAUUCCUUCCGAGGGUGUGCCCCCGGAGCGAAACUCUUCUCAUAUCUGCACCUGGUUCAUUAG